UCUCGACCAGCACCUGCAUCAUGGCUGUCAAGACAAAGGCCCUCGUUGGCGCUUUUCUCAUGUUGUUUGCAUUCCUGUUUGCCCUCGUCGCGGCAGGCACCAUCAACUGGGCCGUCCUCCAUCAGCCGCACGGCGCUUCGUCGGUCUUCCUGGGCCUGCUCUGGAUGUGCCCGAGCGGAUCGGGCGGCGGCGGCGCGUGCUCUAUCAUCCACAAUGGCAAGAAGUCCGGAACCGGCUCCCCGCUGGAGCAGUUCCACGGCGGUUCGGUGUCGUCGGGUGGCAAGGCCUCGUUCUCCAUGCUGUUCUUGGCCCUUGUACCGGGCGCGGCCGCUGUGGUCAUGUCCUUCCCGCUCGCCCUCGGCAUCGGCAGCAAGUCUAAGCUCAUUUCCAUGCUCGGCGCCUUUGUUUUCUGCUUCUUCACAACCUUGGCCUGGCUGCUGUAUGCCUCCAUUGUGCUCCACGUCAACAACUCGCAGCUCGAGACCCCGCUCGGCGACCUCUCACCGGGCUUCUCCUUCUCGUUUGACGUCAUCGCCUCGGUCUUCUCCGCCGCUGCCGGCGUUCUCUUUGCCCUCUCGUAGCGCUGCCAACAAUGUAACAAAGCCUGCGCUCUAC